AACACUCUUGUGAAACGUCAUUCGUCACGUAACUUUGGUUGGCAAUCAAAAAAUCAAUCAGCUGUUGUUGUUAUUGUUUAUAAUUACUGCGCAAAAACCAAAAAAACAGGAUGAAUAAGGACAAAACUAUUUAGAAACCUAUAAAUGACAUGGUAUUUUCCCUACAGUAUCUGAAUUAAGCAUCAAUAAUGUCAGCGGACGACGAGAAAGUGUGCCAACUGUGUUACUUACCGACCGAGUUGCUUUUAUAUAUUUUUACCUUCCUACCUGCCAAAGAUUUAAUCAAAUGUCGUCAAGUAUGCUCCAGAUGGAAGCUGAUAGUCGAUAGACUGACGAGAAGUGACAGUUUAUGGAGAAAAUACUGCAAAAAUGACUUUAAGAACGUAUACAAAACCGCUAGAUACAAAUCCAAACCAGGCUUACUCUGGUUCAACGUAUAUCGUUCCCUCUCGCUCUGGCCGAGGCUCUCGCUCGCCCACGAGCUAAGUGAUGAGUUCGCUUCAGCAUCUAACAUAAAUGAUGAGAUUCGCAACUUCAGGAUACUAAGGAAUGGCGUUAUCGGUGUCCAUAAACGCGGUUCGAUCGUAUAUUACGACGUUGAAACCCUGAGGCAGUCUAAAAGAGGAUCUAUAACUGGGGACUACGCAACAUACGCUGAAAAUGAUCAUGUUAUCGCUAUAAAGAGCUAUCACCUCAAUUUAUACAUUGUACGCAAAGAACUAUUGAACCCAAGGUCUGAAACAAAUGUAACUUAUGAUAAUGUGAAAUCCUUCAUACUAAUUGACCAAGAAAUCUACUAUGUAACACUGGACGACGAAAUUUACGUGUGCAACCUCGAAGACUUGACACGUAAGUUUAUAAAACGCACUCAAGAUGGAGUUAUGUCCCUCGGGUUCACGGACCGACUUCACAUAUUGACGUUCCAACGUGAUAUUUAUACUGUAGUAAACAACGACUUGGUAUUUAACUGCACUCUUGGUCCAUCAUCAAACUUACUGCAUCAGCUUCAGGAAUAUCAUUUCUUGGAGCAAUUGGACUGGCGUGUCUACUUCCAAUGGAUGUACGCAUUAAACCACACAGUACCACAAGGGCCGUUGCGAGACAUAGUAACGGUGCGCUCCUACGGAGACAUCUUCUUCGUCGGAUCAAAUUGGGGAGUGCUAAGAAUCUACCACGCUCCUUAUUCCUCCGGAGAAUUUGACUUAUUCAAUUCAGAACCUGUGAAACAGUACAACUUCAUGGAAAGACGUGAUUGUCCGGUCUUAUCGAUGUGUCCGAUACUUCAAAUUGAUGUUUUGGAAGUAGAAGACGGACACACAGUAAUGGUAGCCAUGCCAAAGAAGAUUGCGGUGUUGAAUUUCGCUCACAGCUUCAAAAGAACAGCGUCUGUGGCUAUGCUGCCGUACGAUGACGUUCAGAAAGUAAAGUUCUUGAAAAUAGAUGAAGCUUGUGACUCUGUGGCAAAGAUUGGAGUUGAAAAGGUGAAAUGUGUUGAGAAAAAAUUAGUCGAUGUGUUACCGAGGAAUAUUGAAAGAACACAAUCACAAUUGAAAGAGAACGGACCAUCAAAUCAACUGACCAAAAUGGAAAAAAUAAAGAAAAUCAAAGAGAGUUACACGUUCAGAAAUAAGUAUUCACGAAACGGAGAUUGGGUGAAAAAUAAUGCCGAGAAAUGCGAUAGUGAUGCUAAGAAUGAUCGCACCUCAAAAAAGUCAAACGAAGAAACAAGGCCGCCGGCAAACGAACGUUCCCUCGCAACAGCGCCAUCUACCGACAACAGCGUGAAAACCGAACGACGCAGGAUAACCUCAAAAACCACGAUCGCCCAGCAAGUAAUACGGCGUCCCAUCAUCAAAACGGUCACGUCGAAAAACGAAAAAGUGUACAAAGCGGUGAAUUUCGUCGAGCGAAAAGCGAAACCUACCCAACUACAGAUAAAUAUACCUACAGACUUUAAGCCGAAAGAUAAUAAAGUGAAAACUGUCACGAGCAAAAUUAGUGUGAAGGAGAAGAGGAAAAAAAUUAAGAGGAUUGUUAAGCCGGCCGCAGUUUCGCCAGAUGUCACGGUGAAAAUAAGGUCCCCGCCGACUGAAGUAGCGAAAUGGUCCAAUGUAGAUAGUCAUAGAAAAUUGUACUACGAGGCGUGGGUGGACACUACGCUGACGGCCAUAUCCAAGAAGGCGAACAACAAGUUUGAUAAGAAAAAACUUAUGCAAACAUUUCAAAAAGCGCUGGCUGAGAGAUCGGUUUCUCCUGAUGUAGACUAUUCGGUAUUGUUGGACGAGAAAUAUACGGGAAAAAUAAGAGUAAAUAAAAGGUAGUUUUGGUGUAAGUUUCGCUUGUGUAGUGUUGGGCGAGGCUUGGAAAUUUUUAAGAAAAUCUUUAUUAAAAAAGUUGUGACAUUGUAAUACCUAGGACGUGAACAGAAAUCCAAAUGUAUUUUUAGUCCAUCAAGUUUUUAGAUGGCGCGUAGUGUUGUCGCCUUGCUAAGAUGUGUUUGUCUUUUUGGUCGUUCAAAUUCAAGCGAAUCUAUAUUUAAAAGGGUUAAAA